AUGCUGUCUGCUCUUGGCAAGCUUUUCGAUUCAUGGAUGCGAAGUGGCCCCAAGCGCCUGGAACGAGCUGCUGCCACCAAAGACGCUAAAGCCCUUCUCGAGGCUGCUCCGCAGAUUAUAAGCUCUGAGACUUCUCUCAGAAACGUUGCAGCAGCAAGGUCGCUGUUGGCCUUAGCCAUUGACUUACACAGGUUCUUGCGCAGGGAUGUGCUGCCACUGCUUGAUGAUGGAUCGUUAGUCGAGUCGGUGGUUGCGCCUUAUUCAGCAGGAAUGAUGGCGAACUCCUCCGCAACUAAAUUGGUCCCUCACAUGAUUAAUAGCAUUGGGUUAGGCACUUUUAACCCGGGUCGCAGUGGAUUGGCACAAUUGGGAACCGAUGCCUUGCUCCACUGGAGACUUUGGGCCAUUGCAGCAGCCAUGCAAGAAAACGGAAUUCACAUCCUUGCGCUUCCAUCACCACGACUGCCACCUGGAGCUUUACUUCCUGAAGGUUUUCCGAUGUCGUGGCUGGGCACUAGAUCUGUUUCUUGGGAUACAACUGGGUUCUUAGUUGACUCUGACAUUUUGGAUAAUGUGAUUGUUCUGGAAGAGUUUUGCUCUGACCGUAUCUUUUGGCUUCGCAUACAAGCAUCGUCUGCAGCAAGCUCAAGUGACGUCGUUUGCUGCAGCUACUAUUGCGCCACUGGUGGAGACGUGCAGACUUGGACAACGCUCCUUGGCGAUUAUGCGCUGCUUUCGCGUAAGUUUCCGCGUGCAAACUUUUUCUUGCUUGGAGAUGGGAAUAUUCACCUUUCAUAUCUGGUAGACCACCCUGCUCGUUGUGGCUGUUUACACUGUAAACAGCCACCCAAUGACGUACGCAUUGAGCACAUGAUUGGUCAAGCAGGGUUGCGGGCCAUCAACCCUCUUGCCCCAACGCAUGUAAGUGGCACAGCCAUCGACCUGAUACUGGUCCCUCGGAGCGUCGCCAUGCCAGCGCGAGUUCUGUCCGAAAGAAUAGGAGCUUCUGAUCAUCACUUGGUCACGUGUUCUUGCAAAAUCUCGUUGUCAUGUUUUUACAACAAUGCAAUUGGUAGAGUAUCCUGGCAGGCAGGUGAAGUAUGGGAUGAGGCUCUGGAAAGCAUAGCUCCCGCUCUGGAAGCUUUGAGCGUUGCGAUACAGGAGGUGCUACAAAGCACCGACAUGAGAUCUCCCUUGCUUGGAGGAGGCGUCUCCAAGAAGCUAAGGCGAGCGGUGCUGGACUCUGCAGCUUGGUCUCGUGACCUCCUGGUGGUGCUUGUUGGACAUUUUCAUGGUGCGGUCCGGGUUAAGAGUAAUAUGCUGAAAUGCAGGGACUCACUUUCACUGUCUCCUUCCAACUUCACCUCAGAUGCAGCGUUCAAGGCGGCAGUAAAGGAAGCAGCCCUUCGAGAACAAAACCGUGCAGCAAACACUUAUUCGUUUCUGAGGCAAAAAGAUCGUGCGCAAUCUGAACGUUUUCUGUCAUCUUUCUUUAAUAAGGCGUCCGAGUUCCAAAUUGCUUUGCUCGACGAAUCAAGCGGCGAACCUUUAUCCCACGAGGCAAUGUUGGAUUUAUUGGUCGAAGAUAUGAUGUCGAGGGCAUCAAAUGAUUUCCCUGCUGACGCUCGCAGCCUCCAGGAAACCGAUUUGUUGGUCAGUGACGUCAGAAGCCGUGGAGGCUUUGACUUGCAUAAUGAUUCAUGGUCGGAACCUAUCCAGGAUUCUUUCUACACCCUUGAGGAGUUAGAUGAUGUGCUGCAGAAGUGCCACUCUUCCAAGAAGUGCUUGCACGGCUGCUUCUCUUUACUCAAAUCAUCUCAGAGCUCGCACAGGAAAGUUGUGUUGGGACUUGCAAACCUUAGCCGUCACAUAGGUUUGACCUCUACUUUGUGGUCACUUCGGCAAUUCGCUCACAUUCGCAAAUCGGGAGCCAAAAUUGUGCGUAAAGUGCAGUGCUUACGUCCCAUUUCCUUGGUCGCUGAUAUGGCGCACGUCAUUGAUGGGCUAUGGCUGGCCCGCAACCGCUCGAAACUAGAGUCGUUUGCGGGGCCAAACCAAGUCGGAGGUGUUUCAGCAACCAACCUCUUACUAUUAGCCAUACUUUUGCUUGCGCAAGCGCGUGAUUACCAGGGCUUGCCUCUCUAUUUGGCCAUCUUGGACCUCCGGUGGGCCUUUGAUGUUGCACGUCUUAGUAGCAUGAAGCUGGCCUGUUUCCAGGCAGGAGUGCGGGGCACGGAUUGGCUGCUACUGGAUGAUGUCCUUGAUUCGGAUCGGCAAUACGUUCAACUUCACGGUUUUCUUUCUCAUGUUUUCAGGCUGGGUUGCGGCAUUGCUCAAGGAAGACGCUUUAGCGUUCACGUUUUCAACAGCCUCUUAAGCUGGCUCAGAGACGAAAUCCAACAAGUCACUGCAGCGAAUACAAGCGCCUGGCUUCCCAAGUAUGCUAUUCGGGCCUUGGCGCAUGUCGACUUGGAGGCCUCACAUGUGGACUUUUAUUCCAGACCUUCGCCUGUGGAUGCUUUAGAGCCAUGCGUAAGCAGAUUGCAGGAGCUGAUGGCAAAUGCGCCAACGCAAGCUUCAGCCGAAUUGCAAACAAUGAUUAAUUCACUAGGAAGCUAUGCAGACAAGUGUGCUCUCCUUGAUGCCAUAGGGAGUUUUUCUCUUGGGCCACUGCAAUAUGUCGAUGAUGCCACCGUGCCUUGUUCAUCGCCGGGCGCUGUGAGAGCCAUAGUAAAUAAGGGUGGCGCUUCUGCGUAUUCGCGUUAUGCUGCGCGCACCAAGGCGCAGUUCAACUAUGGUAAAAACAAAACCUGUGCCAUGGCUCUUCUCAACAGCCCUCCACUUGAUCACGAAGCUUUGGACUGCGACGUUGUUGACCAAAAGCACAUUCUUGGUGUCUUGUUUGACAGCCAACUGACGUUCUUGCCGCUUCUGUCGCAGUCGUUGGCAAGAGGAUGGUCCAUGUUUGUUGAUCUCUUCCACACGGCUGAAACAGGUAUCAAAGAGAACUCCGUCAACACCUUGUAUUCGCACAGUGUGGUUGGGAUCUACGUUUGGGAAGCUGUUUGCUUCUUGAAGUCGCUUUGA